UUCUCGCCAAAUCUUUCAAGAUCCUUCACAUUCAAAGCCGAACCAUUUAUGCUCAAAAGCUUUCAUUUUCUUUCCAUAUUUCAGAAACACCGCCAUCCCAUCAAUUCCACAAUCUGACAAAUCGAUUCAAUUUUAACAAUGGCUACAAUUACAAACAAGCCCUCUUCUUCUUCACCACUACCGUCAACUAGACCAAACCCUAGUGCAAGAAACUCUGAAACUAAAGAUCCCAUGAGAAGGAGUUUCACUGGUAAUCCGUUUAACAAACCCUCCUCAAUUGUGCCUAAUUCUAGAGGUGGCUUUAACCCCAACACUCCUGCCAACAGUCCUUCAGAUUUUCUUAGAAGAAGCUCCAUUGGCAGAGAAAGUGUAAGUUCUUUGCGCGAUUUCACUGACAAAGAAAACGGCAAAGAUGCAAAUUUAAACACAGCAAAAGUCCGAUCUCCGGCUUCUGUCUCAAAGGGUACAAAGAAUUUCAUGUCGCCAACCAUCUCUGCAGCUUCAAAGUUCUCUGCAUCACCAAGAAAGAAAAUAUUGGCUGAGAGAAAUGAGCCAGUUCGAUCUUCAGCUUCAUUCUCUGAUGCAAGAAGCCAAGUGAUGGAAGACAAUGAGCCGAAGCCAGAGAAAAGUUCGAGUAAGAAGAAGACUGUUUCAUUUUCUGAUGUCAAAAGCCUGAUUACGGAAGAUGAUGAUUUUUUGAAACCAGAGAUGGGCUUGAAUCAAAACAAGAUUGAGGCUUCACAUGAUUCAACAAUCACUGACCUCGCUGACGUAACUUUAGAAUGGGAGAAGAACGAUUUAACCUCAUUAGCAGAGAAUGUUAACCAGGUGGAUGAUUGUGUUAAUCUUGAUUCAACAAUCACUGACCUCGCUGACGUAACUUUAGAAUGGGAGAAGAACGAUGUAACCUCAUUAGCAGAGAAUGUUAACCAGGUGGAUGAUAGUGUUAAUCUUGAUCCAACUUUCAAGAUUAGUCCUAGAACCUCUUGUUCAAUUUCAACGCCUAUGUUGGCACCACUUGAUGCAGAUCCUUCCAUGCCACCUUAUGAUCCUAAAACAAAUUAUCUGUCACCAAGGCCUCAGUUUCUUCAUUACCAGCCAAAUCCGCUAAUCGAGCUUAUUCGUAUAAAGAAAAGAGAUGGUAAGCGUCUCGAAGAGAGUUUUUUAUCAGAAUCUGAUGGUGAAGUUAGUGGAAUUCUGUCUGAUGAUUCCCAGAAAGAAUCCGAGGAUGUUUCUUCGGAUGAAACAGGGAAAGAAGAAGCUGAAGCAGCAAUAGAAGAGGAAGAGACAGAGUUCAGUGUAUCUGAGCCAAACCCCUUUAGUAUCAACAAGUUUGAGGAGAGUGUUCAAGCUAAAAGGGUGUGUAAGUCAAAAUUCUUUACAAGAUCAAAGUUCUUUGCUUUCCUUGUGGUCAUGGUCGUUGCUGGUUUGUCAAUUUCAGUCAUUAAGUCCCCAGUUACUGAUUUAGACUUCUCUAACCUCUAUGUCUCACCUGAAAUCACUGAAUUUGCAAAAGUGAGCUUUGAGAGGCUGGCUCAAAGAUCUCAGUUGUGGGCAGCUAACUCUUUCUCCUACCUUUGCAAGCUGAUAUCCGAUUUAAGGGAAGUGCCAAAACUGGGUCCUUCGCAAUAUAGCAAUCUGACUGAUUUGUUUGAAGAGUAUCACAGGGAGGCUGAUGUGGAACUUAAGUAUGAACAGAAUUUCUUGACACCAAUAUGGGAGAGAGAUGUGGGAACCAAACCAUCCGAAGAGGGUGAUUCCGAGAUAGAAACCGAUGAGAAUGUUGAUAAUAGCCCAAGAUUUGAAGAACAAGUGCACCAAGAGAUUGAUGACAUUUCAGAAGAUCACACUGACUCAGAACCUGAAGAGGCAUGCUUAACUCUACCGGCUGAAGAGGUUGAACCUUCAGAAGCAAACACAUCAGCCUCUUCGGAUGAUCACAAUGAUAUCAAGCCACAAACACAUCAGCCUGAGGUGAUCUUAGAAGCUACUGUUCAACCUGAAUCUGAAGCCAGGGAACCUAAGUAGAAAGCAAUAUGAAUUCUUAUGGAAUGUUGAUAAUAGCCCAAGAUUUGAAGAACCAGUGCACCAAGAGAUUGAGACAUUUCAGAAGAUCACGCUGACUCAGAACCUGAAGAGGCAUGCUUAACUCU